CAAUUUCAUGAUCCCAUGAAACCACAGGAUUCGUGGCAGCCGUAAAUUUUCUGGCGCUAAACCAAAUCCAGAUCUUCGCAAGCCGAUUUUUUUUGUCAAGAGUGGAGCCCUCUUCCACGAUGAAGAGGAGAUUUUUCAGCCAGAGAUGGUGGAGAAUGAGGCUGAUGAUGCGCCAACCGCUAACCAGGUGGAAUCCUUGUUUACGAAGGUUCCAAUCGCCGCUUCUGAAACUGGAGCAGAGGCCAUGGACCGCAAGUCUCGUCCACGGUUUGCUGACUACUCUGUUGCUGCAAACCUUGAUGAUGAUGGCGACAUACCCACAUUGGAAUUUGGCUUCUCUGCAGAAGAUCUCUACACCUUGGGGGCACAGUCACUUGAUACCAACCCUACGUCUCGUUUGGAUAAGCUCUUGAGCGAUCUCUCCAAGACAUCGCUGGCUUCAGGGGAUGGGAAGUCCUAUAUUGUUGUGGAAACCUCUGCCUCCACCCCUCUUGGCGAUGCACAGCCGAGUGCAGAUGCCAAAGGAUCGGCUGCUCUUCAUAUUCCCCAAUCGAAUGGCGAUGUUCAAUGUCCUACUGCCGAUAUCCCUGAUGCUGGCGAUGAUAUCGUAGUGUUUACUGGCACCCAGCCCGCACGCGUGGAAGUUGUCGCAACUGAUCCCAAGCAUCUAAGCCCUCCCGCCGGGCCUGAACCCUCAUCUCCAGGGCGCCGUGUGAAGCGUCGGUCGGAGAGUCUCCGAAAGAAAGCACUCAAGCACCGUGAGGAAGUACACUCUACUUCUGGUGACACAACGGACCACCGCUCAUGCGAAAUUGACUCGGGUCCACUCGUUGAGUCCGAACUUUCAUCACCGGAGAAUUACAUGAUGUCCCAAUUGGAGGGUUUCUUACGGAGGACGCUCAAACGGCGGAAGACGUCGCACCGCCUAUCUGUUUCUAAUAUAGAAAAUUACCUGCGAGAAGGUGAUUCAGAUAUUGAUUGGGGAAGCGAUAGUCCUCUUCAACACAACGCUUCAUCCAGUUCAAACCAACUCGGGGUUGAUGAUCAUGGGAUGAUAGUCGACGCAAAUUUUGAGGGAAUGGAUCAGUUGCAAUUCUUGGUAGACCUGAAUCCCGAAAAUGAAACGGCCACUGUUGGCGCCGCUGAUCAAGAGAAGCCUCAAGAUGACGAGGAGUCAGACCUCAGCUCUGGAAGCAGCAGGAGCGGUGAUGAAAGUGUAGAUAAUUCCGAUGAUGGACUCGGCUUGUCUGCGGAGGAUGAAGAUGUCGAAGCCGAUGAGCGGCAACGGGGAGGCGACGACAGCGAUGGUGGUAAUGCAACACAAUAGGAGCGGCAGGGAUAGCAGUAACACUCGGUUCAUAGGAUAUCAUCAUGACAUAUCCUGGAUUAUCGAUGGACAAUUCCGAACGAAAGGUAGAGGAUGCCGGCUUUGCUUUGGAGUCAGCAAUCAUGCGCACAGUUCAGGAUCUAGGAACUCAAGGCCAAAAUCCGGCGCAGAGGGAGAUAGUGAUCCUAGGUCGGCUCGCGAAGCGUGUAUAUCAGGAAGUUCGGAAGGGGGGCCGGACUCCUAAGAAAAUCCCUAGGAAUGCUACCCGCCAAUCCCUUA